UCGUGACACCCCAGUAAUCCUGCGGCGAGAGAGAAGCUGUGUAAUGGCGUCGCAUUCUCAACUACUGGUCGUUAUUUUCCUUUUCUUGUGCAGGUAUAAUGCAGCAGCACAGGUAGACCAGGAGUUUGACGUCCGCCUUGAAAACGGUCUGUACAACAACAGUGGCCGGGUAGAAGUGUACCAUGACGGACAAUGGGGCGGGAUCUGUGGUGAUUCCUGGAACUACAAUGAUGCAAUUGUUGUUUGCAGAAAACUUGGAUACAACAAUGGAACUACAGCUCACAGAUUCCAGACCCGCGAUUCCGCUUGGUAUGAAUUGUAUGGAAAUCAGACAGAACCAGGUCUUGUUUGGAUGGAUGGUGUGCAGUGCACUGGUACAGAGUCUGGCAUUGCAGAUUGUCCGUUUAAUGGUUGGGGCAAUGUAAACUGUAACGAAUACUACGGCAGAGCGUAUGUUUUCUGCUAUGAUGAAGAUGACACCGAGGUAAAAGUUCGUUUAGUGGAUGGCACAUCUAAUGGAACGGGACAUGUUGAAGUUCAUUACAGCAGCAUUUGGGGAAGUGUAUGUUGGAACGGCUUUUACGACAGGGAGGCUGAGGUCGUAUGUAGAAUGCUUGGAUACAGCAAUGGUGUUGCCUAUGGGGGUUCAUUAUUUUCUUUCACUAAACUACCAACAUGGAUGGAACAGAUACAGUGUAAUGGUACAGAGACAAAUAUUGCAGACUGUCCGUUCGGUGGAUGGGGACAGAUAUCAUCUUUGGGUAUAGCGACUGCCCUCUGUUAUAAUGAUUUGCAGGCUAGUGACGAGCAACAAGGGGUCCGCCUCAUGAAUGAUGUGUCCAACACCUCCGGCUCUGUAGAGAUUAUGUACGGUGGACAGUGGUCUAUAGUGUGUGGGAAGAACUGGGAUGAUAUUGAAGCUGGAAUCGUCUGUCGAAUGCUUGGAUACGGAAACGGAACUGCACAAUCUUAUGCAUCUUACCAUUGGGAUUCGAGAGAAGACAUGAAAUUGAAGAUACAUGUCAACUGUGUUGGAUCAGAGACAAGUCUUUACAACUGUAGAUUUAGCGACGUCCUUGAAUACUGUGACAUGGAUGGCAGAGCAGGUGUUUCCUGCUCGGGAGCUCUAGCUACGCCUAUUCCGACUGAUAUAACGACGACGACGACAGACUCACCGUUUGCAAUCCGCCUAGAAAACGGUCUGUACAACAACAGUGGCCGGGUGGGAGUGUACCAUGACGGACAGUGGGGCGGAGUAUGCGGCCAUUAUUGGAAUUAUAAUGAUGCAAACGUUGCCUGCAGAAUGCUUGGGUAUAGCAACGGAACAGUAACUAGUCGACGUUAUACAUUGGAUUCGGCUUGGUAUGAAUGGUUUGGCAAUGAGACGGACCCAGAUCUAAUAUGGAUGGAUAACGUACAGUGUUCUGGUAUGGAGACCAGCCUUGCAGAUUGCCCGUUCGACGGAUGGGGUGUGGAGAACUGUAAAGCUUACUAUAGGUCUGGUCAUGCUUAUGUUUUCUGCUACGAUGAAGAUGACACCGAGGUAAAAGUUCGUUUAGUGGAUGGCACAUCUAAUGGAACGGGACAUGUUGAAGUUCAUUACAGCAGCAUUUGGGGAAGUGUAUGUUGGGACGGCUUUUACAACAAUGAGGCUGAGGUCGUAUGUAGAAUGCUUGGAUACAGCAAUGGAGUUGCCUAUGGGGAUUCAACAUUUCCUUUCACUAAACUACCAAAAUGGAUGGAAAGGAUACAGUGUAAUGGUACAGAGACAAAUAUCGCAGACUGUCCGUUCGGUGGAUGGGGACAGAUAUCAUCAUAUUGGGGUAUAGCGACUGCCCUCUGUUAUAAUGAUUUGAAGGCUAGUGACGAGCAACAAGGGGUCCGACUCAUGAAUGAUGUGUCCAACACCUCCGGCUCUGUAGAAAUUAUGUACGGUGGACAGUGGUCUAUAGUGUGUGGGAAGAACUGGGAUGAUAUUGAAGCUGGAAUCGUCUGUCGAAUGCUUGGAUACGGAAACGGAACUGCACAAUCUUAUGCAUCUUACCAUGAGGUUCCGAGAGAAGACAUGAACGUGAAGAUACAUGUCAACUGUGUUGGAUCAGAGACAAGUCUUUACAACUGUAGAUUUAGCGACGUCCUUGAAUACUGUGGCAUGGAUGGCAGAGCAGGUGUUUCCUGCUCGGGAGCUCUAGGUAAUUUUUAAUUCAAUUUCUGAUAACUUUUUCCUUUCAUAACCUGUCAACACCACGCGUUCGCCCAAGUUGAUGGUAGGCUUUUCACCCUUACCAAGACGAACCGAAGUCUCAUUUUUUUUUAUCCCUGUACAUGUGAAAGGUAAGAGUUGCUAUGGUUAGUUAUAUCAUUUUGAUGAGACCAACGUGUUAAAGGUAGAACUGUUUUAAUUGGGGUUUAACAUCCUCGCAACAACCACGGUCGUAUAAGGACGGGUGCCAAUAAGGAAACAUCACCGGGAAGAGAAACUAGACAAACAACGAAAGAGGACAGGAACAAUAGGAAACAUAGAAGUCCUCAAGUUAUGUAAUAAAGCUUGCGCCGAAAUUAGUCGCCUGUUAAUGUAAACAUGCAGUGGGAUACAACAGGUCUAUUUUUGGUUUAUUUAAUGUCCCUUG